AUUUUAAGGAUUUUCCACUGCAUCUCUCCGAUUUACAGUUGAACUUGGAGACAUGGAAAGAUGAGAGUAAGAAGAAAUCAAUUACCCAACUGCUGUUUUCUUAUAAGGAAGCUUAUCUCUCAAGGAUCACCCAAGAACGCCCUUGUUUUAUACAAUCAAGAUCGCCGAAAGGGAGCCUCCUACUCCUACAUCUUACCUGCAAUUCCUUUACUUUUCAAGGCUUGUGCUUCCUUGUCAAAUCUCCACCAUGGAAAAGCUCUGCAUGGUCAAUCCAUUAGAGCUGGAUUUCAUUUUGAUAUCGUUGGGGCGACCUCAUUGCUUCAUAUGUAUGCUAAGUGCGGCGAUACAUUUGCUUCCAGUAAAGUGUUUGAUAAUAUGCCUCAUAGAAAUGUGGUAACAUGGAAUGCCAUGAUUGGUGGCUACUUGAAGAAUGGAGAUGAAGCAUCUGCAUCUCUGCUAUUCUGGAACAUGCCAAUGAAAAAUACAGCAACUUGGACUGAGAUGAUUCGUGGGGUUGCGGCAAAGGGAGAUACUGUAAAAGCCAGAGAAUUGUUUGACAAAGUUCCUCCUGCGUUGAAAAGUGUGGUGGUAUGGACGGUGAUGGUUGAGGCCUACGCCAGAAAUGGGGAGAUGGAAUCCGCAAGGAAAAUUUUUGAGCAGAUGCCGGAAAGGAAUUGCUUUGCUUGGUCAUCCAUGAUUUCUGGGUAUUGCAAGAGAGGUAAUACCAAAGAGGCCAGGGCAAUUUUUGAUCGAAUUCCUUAUCGGAAUUUGGUGAAUUGGAAUUCAUUAAUUUCUGGGUAUGCCCAAAAUGGGCUCUGUGAGAAAGCUUUGGGAGCAUUUUUUGAAAUGCAAACUGACGAAUUUGAACCAGAUGAGUUUACGAUUGCAAGUGCUUUAUCUGCUUGUGCUCAGUUGGGUCAGUUGAGAGCUGGUAAAGAAAUCCAUUGUAUGAUAUAUCGCAGGGGGAUAAAGUUUAAUCAGUUUAUUUUCAAUGCUUUACUUGACAUGUAUGCUAAGGGUGGGGAUUUAAUAAAUUCAAGGCUGAUCUUUGAUGGAAUGACAGAGAGGAAUACUGCCUGUUGGAACGCGAUGAUCUCAUCUUUUACUGUUCAUGGACAGACCAUUGAGGCCCUAGAGUUCUUCAGAACAAUGGAAGAUGCAAAUGAGAAGCCUGAUGGAAUCACAUUUCUAUCUCUUCUUUCAGCUUGUGCACACGGAGGUUUUGUUGAAGAAGGAUUAGAAAUUUUCUCCAAGAUGGAGGGCAAGUACGGUUUGGCACCAAAUGUAAAGCACUACGGAUGCUUGGUUGACAUUUUGGGACGUGCAGGGAAAUUGAAAGAAGCAUAUGAUGUGAUUAAGAAAAUGCCAAUGAAACCGAAUGAUGCAGUUUGGGUAGCUUUACUUGGUGCUUGCCGGAUUCACGUGGACAUGGACAUGGCAGAAAAGAUAUUAGAAGAGGUUAACAGGUCGGAUCUUAAGUGUUCUGGCAAUGAUUCUCAAUUUGUGCUUGUGUCAAAUGUAUAUGCUGCUUCUGAUGCAUGGGAAAAGGCUGAAAGGAUGAUGAUGGCUAUGGUGAGUAAAGGGAUUAAAAAAACUCCAGGGUGCAGUUCAGUUGUGGCUAGUGAUACCUGUCAAAGAUUCAGAUGAGCAUUAUACUUCUAUAAAGGAGUGCAUAUCCUAUUUAUUCAGUGACAAAAGAAAGUACCACCAUUUACCAAAAACAAAAGACAUGGAAUUGUUUAAUCACUACUGCUCAUUUUUAAUCACGGCUAAGGGCACAAUUGCUAGGGACCAUGAUGACAUAUGUUUCAAAACCAUAUGGUGUUAAAGAGUUAUCCAACAGAUAAU